UAAACCGAGCCGUGCCGUGCCGUGCCGAGCUAAACCGAGCCGUGCCGGGCCGUGCCACCCGGGGCUCGCCGCCCGCACCCGCCGUCGGGGCAGCGCGCCCGCCGCAGCCUCCCCAGCCAGGGCAUUUCUUGGUGUUUUCGCGCUGUUCCCUCCAUUUCCCCGCUGUGACCGCCCGGCUCUCGCUGCCGGAGGCUCCGCCGGGUCGCGGCUCUCGGGGCAGCCCCGCUCCCGGGCCGCCAUGAGCGCCGCGGGCCCCGGGCCCGGGCCCGGCCCCGACCCCGGCCCGCAGGAGGGGGGCCCCGGGCACGGCCCCGGCCCGGCCCGGCCGGACAGCCCGCAGGAGGAGCUCGACUUCUCCAUCCUCUUCGACGACGAUUACGACUACAAGCCGAUCGAAGAAGAACCGACUCCACAUAAAACCAACAGCCCACCCUCUGGAGUUACAUACGCUCAUGAUGUCUUGGACUGUGGCCUCAAGCCAUGCCCCCUGCCUUUUCCUAGCCUUCCUGCAGACCCCAUGGGCAGAUAUGGACAGCCAGAUAGCAUAGGGCCAACACCUACACACCCUGCCAACGCUGCAGGGGCCUCUGCUCCGAGCCCUAGGAUUGAAAUAACUCCAUAUCAUGAACUGAUUCAUUCGGGGGGUCCCUUCCGCAGCAGAGACACAGAUGUUCUGUUGGCAGAACAUCAGCCAAACUCAGCCACCACUAGCCCGAGGGUUACCCUGCCUGUCCCUGGCUUUGAGGGCUACAGAGAACCACUGUGUCUGAGCCCAGCUAGUAGCGGCUCCUCUGCAAGUUUCAUUUCAGAGACAAAUGUAUCUCCUUGCACCUCACCAUGUGUUUCACCAAAUAAUGGUCCUAGUGAUGACCUUUGUCCACAGUUUCAAAACAUCCAUACUCAUUAUUCUCCUAGAACCUCUCCAAUAAUGUCACCACGAACAAGCACCACGGAGGAAGCCUGCUUGGGACGCCACUCACCAUCUCCCUGUCCCAACUCAAGGUCCUCGUCGCCAGGUGCAAAGCGGAGGUUCUCUUGCACCGGGCUCUACAGCGCCCAGCUGCCCUGCUCCUCUCCUCGGCAGUCACGGAGCCCCUCUCCACAGCCCUCUCCUCGCCUCCCCCCGAGAGAAGACACCUCUGCAGUCACUUACACGCAGCUGGCCAGCGCUCCCCUUGCCAUGGAUGCUAUGAGCAGCCUUCCCACGGAUCCUUCCUGUGGCGUCCCCACGAAGAUCUGGAAAACCAGCCCCGAUCCUUCAUCCAUGUCUUCCCACAAAAACAGCAUUCAGUGUCACGUCUUUCAGACUGUCGACUUCCACGGGCCUUGUGAGCAGGAGGACAGGAGAAACUCAGCCCCAGAACCCAUUCUGUUGGUUCCUCCAUCCUGGCCGAAGCAGCUGGUGCCUGCAAUCCCAAUCUGCAGCUUGCCCGUGCAGUCCCUGCCUCCCCUGGAGUGGCCCCUGUGCAGCCAGUCUGGCCCCUACGAGCUGCGCAUCGAGGUGCAGCCCAAGCCCCACCACCGCGCGCACUACGAGACCGAGGGCAGCCGCGGCGCCGUCAAGGCUCCCACCGGGGGCCACCCCGUGGUCCAGCUGCACGGGUACAUGGAGAACAAGCCCCUGGGGCUGCAGAUCUUCAUUGGCACGGCGGAUGAGCGCAUCCUGAAGCCCCACGCCUUCUACCAGGUGCAUCGCAUCACGGGCAAGACCGUCACCACCACCAGCUACGAGAAGAUCAUUGGCAACACCAAGGUGUUAGAGAUCCCCCUGGAACCCAAAAACAACAUGAAAGCAACCAUCGACUGCGCGGGGAUCCUGAAGCUGCGCAACGCGGACAUCGAGCUGCGCAAGGGCGAGACCGACAUCGGCCGCAAGAACACGCGGGUGCGCCUGGUGUUCCGCGUGCACAUCCCCGAGCCCAGCGGCAGGGUCGUGUCCCUGCAGGCGGCCUCCAACCCCAUCGAGUGCUCCCAAAGGUCUGCUCAUGAGCUUCCGAUGGUCGAAAGACAAGACAUUGACAGCUGCCUGGUGUAUGGAGGACAGCAGAUGAUCCUCACUGGACAGAAUUUCACAGCAGAGUCCAAGGUGGUGUUCACAGAAAAAACAUCAGAUGGGCAGCAGAUCUGGGAAAUGGAGGCAACAGUGGACAAAGACAAGAGCCAGCCUAGCAUGCUUUUUGUGGAAAUUCCCGAGUACAGGAACAAGCACAUCCGCACGGCCGUGAAGGUGAAUUUCUAUGUCAUCAAUGGCAAAAGGAAAAGAAGCCAACCCCAGCAUUUCACCUAUCACCCAGUACCAUCAAUCAAAACAGAGCCCAUUGAUGACUAUGAUCCAGCCCUAAUCUGCAAUCCAGUGCACACUGCUCUGGGGACAGUAACACAGCCUUACUAUUCACAGCACACAAUGGCCACCGAGUCCCCUUCCUGCCUCGUGGCCACCAUGGCUCCUUGCCAGCAGCUGCGCUCAGGCCUCUCCUCUCCCGACUCGCGGUACCAGCAGCAGAACCCGGCUGUGAUUUACCAAAGGAGCAAGAGCCUGAGCCCCAGCCAGCUGGGCUACCAGCAGCCCGGCCUGAUGGCCACGCCAGCUGCCAUUGGGGACGGGCACAGGUCCGUGCUGGUGCACGCUGGCUCUCCAGCCCAGAGCUCGGCCGUGCUGCAGCACUCCCCGGGCCACCAGCAGUCCUCUCCUGUCAUCCACUACUCUCCAACCAACCAGCAGCUGAGGUGUGGGAGCCACCAGGAGUUCCAGCACAUCAUGUGCUGUGAGAAUUUCACGUCCGGCGUGCCGAGGUGCAGCCAGCCCCAGGGCAGCCAGGCGCAGAGGCUCAGCCCCAGCCCGUACCCCACGGUGAUCCAGCAGCAGGCGGCCCCGGGCGCGCGCGCGGCCAAGAACGGGCCCCCGGGCAGCGAGCACAAGGAGGUGCUGCCAGCAGGAGUCACCAUCAAGCAGGAGCAGAACCUGGACCAGGCCUACCUGGACGAUGAGCUGAUAGAUACACACCUUAGCUGGAUACAAAACAUUAUAUGAAAAAGAAUGACUGUGAUCUUUGAUCCAAGCAAUCAAAAAGAAAGUUAACGAAAUUAUCAGGAAGGAAUUUUCUGGACUCCCUGCCAGAAGUCAGACAUAGAAGAGAUUUGUGAGACAACUUUUACCGAAUCCUUCCACGAGUGACCUCUUAGAUCCUUCCAGUGCCCCUGCAACCUCUGGCUUCCUUUGCAGUUCAUCUCCAGGCAGAGACUCAGUGCAAGGAACAAUGAAUUGGCACCAAGCGACAGCCUUGGCUGAGCACCUCGCCACCUCUGUGUGUAAACAGCACGCAGGACACCCUUCCUUUCAUCCAGAGAUCACAUUGUUCUCCUGGAACACAGCAUCUGUCCGAGGAAACACUUCAAGCCUGCUGCAACCCAUCUGUCUGUGCGUCCAUCCAUCCUUUGGGGGAGACAGGAGCUGCCCCCUGGGCAGGGCCCAGAGCCUGGGCUGGGCACUGGGGGUGGGCAAAGGGGAGCAGAGUAAUAUAUUCAUGGGACAGGAACACCAUCCUGCAGGUCACUAACAAUGAUUUGCCCUCCAGGUCUCAAAGCCCUCCUGAGAAAUGUUAUUAUUGUAGGAAACUGAGGCAGCCAAGCUCGCUCAGCCUUCAUCCAGUCUAGGAUCAAAGCCAGUUUGCUCUGAGCACUGGGGUUGGUAUUUCAGACAGGAGAUCUCAGCUGAAUCCAGGAGUUUUCUUCAUUUUUCUCGUCAGACUGGAUAGGAAUUUGAAGGAGAGGGAUUCUCAUAGCCAACCAGUGAAAAGAGCAAUUCAGCAGUUGCAAUGCCUGCCCCGAGGUAAAAUAAACCCAGGUAAACCAGAGAUUAAUAUAUAGGAGUCACAGUAAAUCCAAAGAUUUUAUGAUUGAUCCUUAUUAGUAUUUAGGCAGUGUAUGAACACACCUUAGAUAUUUUCUCUCUAACAAAUUGUUGCUGUUUCUUUUCAUGUAGAACCUGCUCUUGGCUCAUAACUUGUUUCAUUUAGCAGCUGGAACAUUUACUCACCCGAGCUGCAGAGGAAAAUAACUGCAUCUUACAGAAGCCAUACAUUCCAGAGAAAAUAGACACUUAUUUAUAUUCACCUGGUCUCUUUAGCUUUGCAAAGCUACCAGCAGUUCCUGGAAAGGUUCCAUUUCCAUGGGAGUUAGUAUUUUGUUAUGUUUUGCUUCGUGUGUUAGAAUAUCCUGUCCUGACUCCUGCUUAGCACAUUCCAGGUAACCACUGCCACCUGCAGUUGUACAAGUUAGAAUAUUUAGGGGAGUCAGGGAUAAAAAGGCUUCUGAGUGGGUAACCAGUGUACAGUAAAAGAUAGCCAUCAUAUUUUAGGAAUGCCAUAGUAAUCUUUCCUGGUUUUAUAAAUAAGGAAUGCUGAUAUUUUUGGGAAUGCAGAGCCUGAGCUCUGCUCUAGAGCACAGUGAAAUUAAUGCAGUUUUCAGUUGUGUCACAGUAAACUUGGCAGAAUACCAGCGUGUCCACUGCUCACAGCAGGAAUGAAGGGAUGGGAAUACAGCAGAGCAGCCUCAAAAUUGGUUCCCCAAUGUCUCAAGAAAGAUUUUGCACAAUGCCUGCAGAGCAUGGCUCGGUCCAACAAAAAUCUCUUCAGGACUAUCAGGAAGAAUAUAUUUUCUGCCACUAAAAACUGGUGCUUAAACUCUGCAAGGUCUUGGGGUUAGAGUGGGAGACAGAAGCAUUAAGUUCUUCAGAACACCUGACCUGGGGCUCAGCUAAAAUUUGGCUCUUGAACAGAAAUCUGGAUGUCACAAGAGCAGCUCUGAACUCCAGAUUCAGCCCAGCUCAGAUCCAGAACCAGAGCAGAGCCCUGCACAUCCCACCCUGGCAUUCAUGGCACCCCUGGCUUCUAUCCCUGCUUUGUGAGACUCAGACCUUCAGCCCAAAAUGAGCUCCCUGUAUCCCAACAGCCAGAACUCCUGGGGUGCCUCCCUGGUGCUCUCCUGGUGAGCUCUGCCCUGCAGGUGCCCUGGCCAAGCCUCAGCCUGGACCUGCAGAGGUGAAAAUGGCCUUUUUUAAUUGCUGAUUUUUACAGAAACAAAGUGAGGCCCGGCCUUGCUGGAGAGGGGAAUUCCUGUUAGACAGCACUCAGCAGGACUGGCUGGCUCACACGCCUCAAAAAGCUAUUUUGGAUUGUUAAAAGCUGUCACUGGGCCAGAGUCUGACACACAGUAAGGGGUUUUUAGUGCAUUCUGGUGAAUGAGACAAUUUUGACAUAUUCUAAAGGCCAAAAGUUGCCUUGUCAGAAGUUCUGUGCUAUAGCUGAGUAAAAGAACAGACCAAAUGCAUCUCCCAGUUUCACACUUGGAUGUAUCAAACGUUUUCCAUGAUCCAACCUGUAAAGUAUAGGAGAAAUUUAAAAAACAACCCAGAAACCCAUCCACAGAAAAAAAAAAUCCUCAGAUUACUGGCAGGACCUUCUCUUUUUCUGGAUUUUAAAUAGAAGCUCAAAGAAGCCCAGGAAGGUCUUUUCAGACCUGUGAUGUGCUGCUGCUGCUGCUCUGGUGAUUGUCUGCAGCAGCUACUCAUCAAUUUAGGAGAAUAAUUUUUUGCAUAUUUAUUUUUAGAUUAUAUCAGUUUAGAAAAGGGGGUUGGCAGUAAAAUCUAGUGCUGGAUCUGAGCAAAGGAAAAGGUCAGUGUUUAAGUUCUGGAUUGUUGAGGCUGAAAUGUCCUUUAAAUAAAUUAACCCCCAAAAGGAAGGAGUAGCUGAAACCUUGGAGCAAAGGCUGUUCAGGGCCCAGAGGGAGCCAGGCAGGCACAGCCCUGCAGCCAAAAUACACAAGAUUUCCACUGUGCUCAUGUGUUCUUCAGGCCCUUUGCUACAGAGGGGGACAGAGGGUUGGGUUUUCAUUUGUUGGAUUUAUUUCUGGGGGUUGCUUUUUUUUUUGUUUGUUUGGUUUAUUUUGUUUGGUUGGAAGGGUUUUUUAGGUUGGUUUUUUUGUUGUUGUUUUUCGUUUUUUGGGGCUUAUUUUUUUUUGUUUGGGGUUUUUUUGGGGGAAGGGGUUUUUAAUGUGCUACAGGUGCUCUAGCCAUGCUUGCAUUGACUGUAUUCCCUCCUCCUCUUUAAGGCAUAGGUAUUAAUCUGUGUACAUAUACAGUGCACAAUGUCAUUUAUGCAGUACACCCACACAGAGAGGGGCUUGUACAUGGGCUGGCAGUGACAGGACAAGGGGGGGAUGGCUGCCAACUGACAGAGAAUAGCUUUAAAUCAGAAAUUAGGAUAAAAAUCCCCCCUGGCAGGGUGGGCAGCCCUGGGCUGGAAUCCCCAGAGCAGCUGGGGCUGCCCCUGGGUCCCUGCAGUGCCCAAGGCCAGGCUGGGCAGGGCUGGGAGCCCCUGGGGCAGUGGGAGGUGUCCCUGCCGUGGCAGGGUGGCCCUGGGUGUGUCUGAGGUCCCUGCCAGCCCAGGCCAUGCCCUGCUCUCUGUGGGUGCAUUACUUUAUCCAUGUUAGAGAUGAACACCCUGUGCAGAGCUGGUCCCUGCUGUGCUGGCUCCCAGCACUCGAGCAGCUCAGCGUGGAGGCUUCACCCAUGUAUUCUGAAUUUUAGGGGUUCAGCCACAGCUGCAUGAGCUCAGGCUCUGCUGCCCCAUCUGCUUUUCCAUGCAACAGUAGCUAAAGAAUUCAGCUUCAACCACCUUUGUAUUUAUUUCCAGAGAAAAGGAGCAUCCUCAGGCGUAGUGUUGUGCAUUGUCGUCUCUUUCAAAAAGGAAACUGAUAUGUUAAAAUAUAUAGCUAGGCUGAAGAAUUUCAAUAUAUACAGUACUAAAUUAUUUCCUGUUCUUGCUGAGCAGAGUUUUUCCAGUAUUAGUAUUUCUGUUACUUUGUACAACUUUCUCUCUGUAGAAGCACCAGCUUAACCUUGAAGAGUUAAUAGCAUUUUGUGAGCAAUUUGUUCUCACUUUAUCUGGAAGAUAGCCAUAUUUGCACAUGAGGAAACUCUGUCUUUCCUCAGUUAUCUGAAUGUUUCACCACAGUGCCUUCCUGCCAUUGUACCAAAGGCCUACAAAUAUCUUGUCUGCAGGGUGAACAACUCUAAUGCAUUUUCCAUCAAAGUUGCACCAUGUGACAUUCAUGUUGGAACUCCAAAGUUCAUCUCUUUUUAUUUGUCUUUUGUGUGUGUGUGUGUGUGUGUAUUUGUUUUAAUUUCCAUUUUUCCAUCCGAGCUUUGGCUGCAAAUACAGGAUGAGCUUCUAUAAACUCUGCAUCAAAUAUACGUAGAAUAAAAAUCAUCAUUCAUGAUAUGUAAACAGUCUGAGAGUGGAAUGGAGUGGGCAGAUAUCAGGAAGAUUUUUUUUUUUGGUCAGUUAUGAGUGUUGGAAGUCGAGUUUGCCAGGAGAGGAAUUGCUUGUGAAGAUACUUGCAAUGAAAUACAAAGUCCUGGUUUUGUUUUUCUCCAUGAGAAUGAGCAAAAAAUAAGAUCAGAGCAACAGCAGUGGAGUGAAAGUGUCUCAUGUAUGUUGUUUUUACUGGGAGAAAGAAUGUAGAAGAGUCAUGGGUUUUGCACUUGCUUUAUUUGUAUCCAUGUAAAUAUGUAUCCCUCCAUUCUCCCCGUAGGAAUAGCAUUUCCUGAAUGUAGAGGAUUUCCAAAACCAGCACUAUGUUAUUCUCCAUUGUAUAAAAAGCUGCUGCUUCAUUACAUAUCUAGACCAGUCCUCAAAGUAGCUAGCAUGUUUUUUAAAGUGUAUUUUGUAAUCCAUAUCUUUACAACAAAAGUGACUGUGCUUUUUGUCUGACCAAAUAUGCAAUACAACUUCUGGAUUAAGGUUUGUAUUUAUAAAGGAUCAGUUUUCAUUUUCUGAAUGCCUUAUUCUUCUAUGCAAUUGUUGUUGAAUUGCUGUUGUCCUAAAAAAAAAAAAAAAAAAGAUGUAUUUGAUAAAUUUCCCAAAGACUUCAAAGACAGCUUUAAACGCUUCAGAAAUAUGUUUCUAAAUAUUUCAAUCUGACUUUUUCCCCUGCAUUUCUUUCCAAAUUGCUACUUAAUAGGGAACAAUGAUCUGCCAGAUGGGACUCAGGAAAAUGACUGUCUUAAUUUAAAAUCUUAAACUGAUUCAGAUCCUCAUAAUUUUUACACCACUCUAAAUGAUCUGAUGUUCCAGUUUAGCUGCAAUUCUGAGUGUUUGUGCAAUAGGAAGUGAUGCCACUGCUGGGUCUCAGUGGGGUAAAAUUCUCCAGAAACCAACUCUUUUCCUCAUCAUUUACAUUGCAGUGGUUUCUUACCUGUGAGGCAACACUGUGCCAUCACACGUGGAAGAUUGUAAUUCUUUACUCAUCUCAGUUCAGAAUGAAUAAUCCACCUUUUGGAACGUUUGACAUCAGAUUGGCAUCUGUGUCUUUAAUAUCUGCUGGUUCUAACUGCAGGGCUCCCAGCUGAUACCAGCUUCUCCAGCUACCAGCCAGUGUCCAGCCCACCCUGGUCUGUCCCAGGUUUGUUUAGCCAUUUGUGUUGUUUCAGCGGUACAAAAAUAUAAAUUAGUACCUGCACAUUGCAAUAAACUUCACCUGAAGGUGCUGAUGCUGCAAAAGAUGUCCUCAAAUGCAAAAAGUUACCUGGGGGGUUGAGUUUCCUUCUGUCACUCCUAAAAUAGCAACACUGGGCAGAAAGCUCCAGAAGGAGUGAGUCUCAGAAAUGAAUGAUGUUUGUAAAGGCCAGGAGUCCCAGAUGUGCUGCAGUUACUGCAGGAUGGACUCUCCUGUGCAGGGACUGCUCUGCUGUGCUGGUGGCACCUGGGCACAGAGAGCCUGACCAGUGCUGCCUGUCUGGCACUCCCAUUUUUGUCUGAGUGUGUAAUUAUGAAGUGAUUCCCCCCAAAGUCAGCCCUCCCUGCCCUGGAUGUUCAGGUAAAGCCAUAUUUUAGUAGACACACGAGUGAGCACUUGUCACUCACAUCAUCCUAACAGAUGUCUUUUGAAUCAAUUUGCCUGUUCAAAAACCCAACUCUCACAAUUGAAAAGGGAUUUAUAUCAUGCACAUUCCUACAACAACGUUGUUAACCUCCAAUGUAAUGAUUUUUUGCUAUCUGUAAAGUAUUUUUAUAUAUUGCCUGUACUAUGGUAGAUUAGCAAUAAAUGAAAGGGCAUCAUCUGC